AGCGGGCAGCCUUGGCAGUACUCGCCGCUCCGGACGCAGCGUUGGGGGGAAAAUGCUGCUCUCCGUGCCGCCGAGGACGGGAAUCAAUCCGUACAACGGCUACAACGGCAGAAACAGCAAGAAGCAGGCCUAUGUAUCCACCAGCCACCAGAUGGCACCCCCCAGUCCCAACACCAACAGUAGCAGCGCUAGCAGUGCAGGGGGAGGGGAACAGCUGAGCAAAACUAAUCUCUACAUUCGGGGCCUCCACCCAGGGACCACCGACCAGGACCUGGUCAAGCUCUGUCAGCCGUAUGGCAAGAUUGUGUCUACCAAGGCCAUUCUGGACAAAACUACCAACAAGUGCAAAGGCUAUGGAUUUGUCGACUUUGACAGUCCAGCAGCAGCGCAGAAAGCUGUAACUGCCCUAAAGUCCAGUGGAGUCCAAGCUCAAAUGGCCAAGCAACAGGAACAGGACCCCACUAACCUGUACAUCUCCAAUCUGCCGGUGUCGAUGGACGAACAGGAGCUGGAGGCUAUGCUGAAGUCCUUUGGCCAGGUCAUUUCUACACGCAUCCUCCGCGACGCUAAUGGAACCAGCCGAGGCGUGGGCUUCGCACGGAUGGAAUCCACAGAAAAAUGCGAAGCCAUCAUUCAACAUUUUAAUGGCAAAUAUAUCAAAACUCCUCCAGGAGUGCCAGUGCCGACAGAACCGUUGUUAUGCAAGUUUGCUGAUGGAGGACAAAAGAAGCGGCAGAACCAGGGAAAAUACCUACAGAAUGGCCGGCCCUGGGCAAGAGACGCUGACACGGGAGGAAUGACACUAACAUAUGACCCAGCUGCCUUACAGAACGGGUUUUAUUCGUCUCCCUACAGCAUUGCUCCCAACAGAAUGAUCGCUCAGACCUCUCUGUCCCCGUACAUGCCCUCUCAAGUCCCGUCCUACCAGGUGCACAGUCCCUCCUGGAUGCAUCAUCAAUCGUACCUCAUGCAGCCAACAGGGACCGUUUUGACCCCAGCUAUGGACCACACCAUGUCCAUCCAGCCCACCUCUAUGAUGGGCCCCCUCACCCAGCAGCUCAGUCACCUGUCGCUGGGGAGCGCUGGCACGUACAUGCCUGCAAACACAACUAUGCAAGGGACUUAUAUCCCACAGUACACCCCGGUGCCUCCCUCUAGUGUCACAGUAGAGGAAAACAGUGGGCAACAACAACAGGUUUCUAUGGAUACACCUGCAGAACACACAAAUUACUCCUACCAGCAUAGCAAAUGAAGCUAAGGAUGUGGAGUGAUUGGUACUUGUUGCCGUGGACGACAGAAAUCUCUCCGGGAGCUGUGCGGUUUCCACUGAUGAGCAGUACCAGAGACAUACACGGAUAACAAAAGGAACGUGUCUUUUUUUUUGUAGAAUAGAAAGAUUAAAGAACAUCACUCAUCUUUCGCUUGGCUCUUCAAGAGUCGCUCAACCAAAGGUGGGGGAUUUUAGAGAAGGAGCUUUGAUCUAUUUUGAUAACAAAACAGAAAAAAAACUAAAAACAACAAUGAUAAUUCAUAAAAGGGUAAAAGAGAGACACAGUGUGUUAUCUUUGUGCACGUAACAGCAAAUUCUUAUUUUUUAAGAAAUAUUUCUGGAGUAGCGGCGGAGAUGAGCAAAGAGAAAGUUCCAACACCGUGUGUCUUUUAUUAUUUUCUCUCUUUCUUUUGUUUGUUUUGUAAAAUAUGCAAGCUUUUAUUUUCCAUUUUUAUUCUUUUUUUUCAAUCAGCAGCAGUAAGAUGUUUUUGUACAGAUUCGAUCAGUGAGUUUUGUUUGUCAUAGUUUUGAAUUUGAUGUGUUUAGCCACGUGUUAGGAGUAAACCAUUUAAAGCCACUUCUUCAUCUCACGCCAAUGGAAAAAAAAUAAGGAAAAUGUGAUUUUAUCUUACUGUAAGUCUAGUAUCUACAUUUUAUUUAUUCUCUUUUUUUUUAAAAAAAUGCAACCGACAAUCAUAAUUUUAUUAUUUAUUUGUUGGAAUUUGGUCUGUUUUAGUACAUAGUGAUGUAGAAUUUGCUUAAAUUUACCAAAACAUUCUGAAAAAGCGAGAACUGUGGCACCAAAUCUUCAGGGUAUCUGUUCAUCAAAAAGUGGAGGAAAAAGUCUGAACUGAGCUCAAUUAAUACAAAUAUUAUAUUUCUAUAUCGAGACUUGUUAACAUUUCAAUAGGAAAUGUUGACAUUUCUUUACACAGAAAUAUAAACACUUAAAAUAUAGGCUGACUAAAUUGUACAAAUUUGCAUUGAAUAUGUCAUUACUAGUUAUAUAUAUUUCACUUUAGCUGAUGUUACGUUAUAUUCUAGUCAUAAUCACUUGUCAGUAGGGUUGGUAAAUUUGUGAGCAAAGGCUGAAUUAUAUUUCUGCUUCUGAAAAGGUGUGCAGGCAUUGUGCACAGUGUCCAAACCAGAAUGAGUCAGUUUAGCUGCUCUGUCCUCAAACUGCUCCGUUCUGGUUUUUUUUUUUUGUGCUGGUUCUGGUUAAACAUUGUUUAAUUAAGCACUCGUCCCACCUGCGUCCCACCAGGUGGCACAACCGUCCUUGUGGAGAGGUGUGUAUAGUUUUUCACCACAGGGGUUUUCAUCCCUCCCCUUUCACCCCCAUUGCUGUUUAGCAGCUCAGUAGUUAACACAGAGAGACAUAAGAGUCCUAGUUCAUCUGAUGACAGAGUUACAGAGAAGCAAUAUUCUAUUUAACUAUUACACUAGGGCCUAAUCCCAUUUCACGCAUAGGGUUAGGGUGUCCCGACUUUUGUUGAGAUAGAGGGGUAGGGCGAGGUGUUAGGAGGAUUUUUGGAGACACGCUCCGAACAAAGUGUUAUGAGAAAAAAAAACUCAAAGAAACUCAAAAAUGUGAGAUAUUUUCAUUAAAAAAUUAAGAUAAAGAUGUAUAUUGGUCCGUUUCUUCAUAACAAGCAUAAAAAACGCUAAUAAUAUGCUAAUAUCUCGGUAGGCAGCUAGCAAAAUUUUCCGUUUGACCUUAAAUAGUCCAGCAGUUCUGAUGCCUGAAGCACCAGAAUGUAACUGCUGCUCUAUUUAAGGUGGAACAGGAAAAAAGAAGUUGGCAAAUAGCUGAAUUCAGCUUCAUAUCACUGAAAAAUUAGGGGUGGGCAAUAAUAAAUAAUUGUCAUAUCCCCCCUCUUUGAAGGAAUAUGAUUCCCUAAAUGUAACUGAAGUCCAGCAGGAAGGUUGCUGAGCUUCACUUUCCUCUGCUAUCAGGGUCACCUACAGAGAACCGCAAGUAGCCUGUUAAUGUAGUGAUAUUCUUUUUUUUGAGGGAAUAUUUCAAAUAAGAAGUGGGGUUGGGCCUUAACAUAUCGAGUCGAUUUUCGAGUGCUGCAGGGCUUAGGGCGUGUUCUCCUCAGAGUGUUUUCCCCAGCACAUCUUCACAGAAGUAUAAAUCAGCCUUAAGGCCGUUCCACGCUGAACAUGAAGUGAACAAAUGGCGUGUAAACGAGAUAUUCAGAUCUGUCCACAUCAGAACUAUAGACACAGUUAUGUUUUUAAAAUGAUUUCACUGUGUUCUUGCCAGAAGAAUCUAUCAAUAGGUCCUUUGCCUCUCAUGAAACAUGCAGGCUACGGUGCUGUGCAGGAUGCUUUCCACUUUGGAAAAGCGAAAGUAGAGCAGACAGUGAACAACAAAAAUGAAAAAGCACUGCAAAGUCACAGACAUGAAGCAAAAAGACACAUGAUCCUGGGGCAGCAAACGCAACGUAACAGUUGCAUGUUGGAAGUUUCAAAAAGCAAAAAGUCCAUCCACAUCCACAAUGCUUGAAAAAGACGGAAGGCAGUGCUGUAGUUGGUGGCGGUCUGUGGGCCCAUUUAAUACUUUGCGACAUGUGGACAGUGAAUGUCUUUUAAUUAAAUUACCAGUGAGAGAAACAAAUUGUGUUUCGCAUCAAGUGUUGGCUACAUUGAUUGUUCUGCCCCGGUUUGUCUGUAUCUGUAAGCUCUUGGAGAACAAAUACAGACAAAAUGACUGCAAAGUACAGGCAAAGGGCUCCGUCCUUACUUGUAUCCAUGUUUAACAUUGAGCAUACAAUGAGCCUUUAGAAAUAGAUACGUCCCGAUGAAGGCCUGAGAAGGCCGCAACACGUCGGCACACUUUUAUACAUAUUGCCAUGUUUCAAUAAAUCCUCUCUUGAAACGACGUGCCUGGGAAUCUCUUUGCUCUGGGAUCUACUUUGCACAUACCUUGUGGAUGGAGUUUUAGGUUUUUGCCACUCCCAACAUGGAGAGCAGACAGUUUCCCCACCUUGUUCAGUAGCUGAAACUUUCUCUGCCCUUGCACUCACAGCUCAGCUGAUUUUGGAGAUGCUGCUCCACACAAGACAUCUUCAAGUGCAAAUAAGAUCCUUCGUUGCUCACAGAGCAGACAAAAGGUCACACUGAGCUGCUGUCUUUGAAAGUCAUCUCAUCAAGCAGAAACUGAUGAGAGCUUCCAUAUUUAAUGACGUUUGUAGCUCAGUUUGAGCUGCUUUGGCAGUAAUCGAACAGAGCGUGAGUAAAAAAACGUAUCAUUUUCACGGAAUAAUCUUGCUUAGAGUGCCAGAUUGCCAGAUUGCACAAAUAAGUCUCGCAUUUACAUGAGUGAAUAAUUUUAGAGAAAAGUCUAAUGAGCUCUUUCUGCUAAUAGAUUUCUUCCUUUUUCCACUUGCACUGUGAUUUUUGCUUGAAUUAGUUUGACUGGCCAUUUGUGAAGAAGUGACUUUAAGUGGUGUUAGUUGAAUAGUCGCCCCAAAUGUCUUCUAAAAGGUUCUGAUAAUGUUUUGACGAGGCCUUCGCGUCACCUGUCUAGCACCACCAUAGUGUUAUAAUGAACUGCGUGUGACGACAGUUUGUUUGAGGCACUUGUUUGAGUUGGCUCAGGCUUAUCACGAUGUUAGAGUAUGCACGAGACUAAAACAGCCUCCUCAGGUGAUGCUACCUGUGUACAUUAGAGAAAAGGUAUGUUUAAGAUUUUGGUGCUGGGUUCAUUCAUUAAAAGAAAAAGAAUCAUUUAUAGAUCCAUCAAAACGUUGCUGUUGAUAGGAUGUGAAAGGAUGGGAGUGUUUUUAGUUGUUUUCUUUGUUUUUCCUGCAGUGCUGCUGUUUCUUCUGCAUUUUUGUCCUGUCUUUUGGUGAUUUUUAUCAAGACUAGUUUUUCUUUUCUCUUCCACUUUUGACUGUAACAUCAUAUUUUCGGGCA